AUGGAGGAGGAGACGACAUUCUUUGAGCGUGAACGCGAUCGCUUGACAGGAGAAAUCACCAGCGGCUUCGAAGAACUGCUCUCCUCGAGUAAUGGCUUGAACCGCAAACUGGAGGAAGUCCUAGGCAUGACGCACGAAUACGAGACUAUUGCCGGGCUAUGGCAGAACUUUCAUGAACUGAUGCGUGGACAAAAGGUCGAGGGGGACAUUUCGUCGACGGAGACCCAAGGAAUGCCAGGAACAGGCGGGCAUGUGCUCGCCGCCAAGCAGGAGAGUACUGGUCCUAGCCAGCACGAUGUAUGACAGUAUAGAGAUAGUCCAGUGUAAAGGAAUUGUCAUGCACACAACAGGUAUCCAAGUACAUGAAGGCGAGAAGAAUGCAGCAAACGAAUAAGAUCAUAAUAA